UUGCUAGGAGGCGAGAUUACAUCAUCUGGUUCCCAGUUAGCAGCCUGCUGGCAACUCCUAGGAAGUUGUGUCGUUACUGAAAACGCAUUAUUAAAAUCUUUACGGUUACUUUUGUUAAAACUUGUUUUUGUUGAAAUCUCCGCUAAACGAUGUCGUUUGUCCCAGGUCAACCAGUGACUGCAGUUGUGCAAAGAAUUGAGAUCCAGAAACUGUGCCAAGGAGAAAAUCUGAUCCUGGGCUUCAGCAUUGGAGGCGGUAUUGACCAGGACCCUGGGCAGAACCCUUUCUCUGAGGACAAGUCUGAUAAGGGAAUCUAUGUGACCAGGAUAACUCCAGGAGGACCAGCAGAAGUUGCAGGGUUGAGAAUGGGAGACAAAAUCAUGCAGGUAAAUGGCUGGGAUAUGACCAUGGUGACUCACGACCAGGCACGCAAAAAACUGACAAAUAAGAGGGAAGAUGUUGUGAGACUACUGAUAACUAGGAGAUCCCUGGAAGAAGUUGUUAAACAGUCUAAGGGCAAAUCACCCCAGACAGUGAUCGAGGGGCACAGAGCAACGCAAGGACAGCAAAGGACCAAACAUUUUCAUAAUUGCUAAAAACAUCUCCAAAUGCAGCUGCACUGUGGCCUUUUAAAACUACAUCAAUGCAAAACAAGCUAACAGAUACAAGUCAAACACAGCUUAUCUGAUUGUUUAAGGUUUAGGUGACUUAUUAUCAGAGCCUGGAGUACAUUCCCGAUUGCUAUAAAUGUAUCAGCUGUCCCUUUAAGGCCUGUUAUUGUAACUCAGUAAGAGAUGUAAUGACCUGAACAGUGAAGUGAGGUAAAGCUUCACAUCACAGCACAAGAGUGUAACACUAAAUUUAGCACAUCCUUUUGUGACCAAAUACUGGAUACUCUAAGGAAAAUCAUGUUAAUGACAGUUAAUGAGCAGUUUUUCUCUUUUCUAAAACAAAGAACCUGCUGCAAUAAAUGCCAAAGUUAAAGCCAAGAUACUGCCAGGCAUUUAUUACAGUAAUGCAGGGUUUGGGAUACUUUCUUUCCUUUUAACGGUACAGUAUGCUGUUUAAAAGUUAAUGAUAAAAGUAUGGGGUUUAUUAUUAUUUUUUUGGUUAUCUAUUUUCUUUUCAUGUGAAUCUGCUUAUACUUCAUACGAACAGUAUUAUUAUAUAUGGUUGACACCGGUUAUAAUUUUUAAAUAUUUGUUUUGGGAUUUAAUUACAUCAGUUUUGAUGUUUAUCAGGUUAGGAGUUAAAACUUCAUGUUGUCAUAUUUUAGUAGAAAUGUACCCCACUAUUAAAGGCUUUGUACCGAUAAGAUCUAAUUCAGAGAGGUUUUGAAUUGCAACUGGGUGGAAAUCAAGUUCAGAUUUAUUAUUUUAAGACCUAAAAUAAACUGUGGUAAUUUG